AUGGUCGGCCGAAAACGCAAAUCUGCCCCUGCUGCCGCAGUGGAAGAGCCAGUAUCAACGUCAAGGCCCCAGCGCGCAGCUUCAUCAUCCACAGGCAAAACCAGCAAAUACUUUGACCCCUCCCCUUCAGACUCCGAAUCACCAGACCCCCUCGCCAAAGCCAAGCCAACCGUCCCGAAAAGACGCGGCAGAGGCCGUCCAGCAAAGAAAGCCAAGAAGCAGCUCGAACCUGAAUCUGAUCCAGACGACGACAACGAGUUCAAAGACAACCCCCAAGAGGAAGCCAAACCAGACUCAGACUCCGACUCCGACGCCCCCCCAAAAGUGACAUACACCCCCCUCCCCACCCUCCGCCCCGAAGGCACCACCCCCUACCGUCCCCACGCCCUCCACCCCAACACCCUCCUCUUCCUCUCGGACCUCAAAGCCAACAACAAGCGCUCCUGGCUCAAGCUCCACGACAAGGAGUACCGCCGCGCUCUCGCCGACUGGGAGUCUUACGUCACCUGCUUGACCGAAAAAAUUACCUCGCUCGACCCUACCGUGCCUGAGCUCCCUUUUAAGGACGUCAACUUUAGAAUUUACCGGGAUGUUCGUUUCAGUAACGACCCCACACCUUACAAGCCUCACUUCUCGGCUGCGUUCAGCAGGACAGGUCGUAAGGGCCCCUAUGCGUGUUAUUAUGUUCACGUGGAACCUGAUGGGAACAGUUUUGUGGGUGGGGGGCUGUGGCAUCCUGAUGGGGCCGCUUUGGGGAGGCUGAGGGCUAGUGUUGAUGAGCGGCCUGAUCGAUGGAGGAGGGCGCUCACCGAACCGGCAUUUAGGCGGAUUUUCCUCCUGCAAGGGGAAAAGAAGGGCAGGGGAAAGGGGAAGAAAAAUCGGGAAGAGGAGGAACAAGACGCAAUGGCGGCGUACGCCGAGAUGAACAGAGGAAACGCGCUCAAGACCAGGCCGAAGGGGUUUCAUCCCGAGCAUAGGGAUAUGCGGCUGCUCAAGUUGAGAAAUCAUACUGUUUGGAAGAAGGUGGAUGAUGGGGUUUGGACGAGGGAGGGGGGCUUGGAGGGGGAGGUGAUGGAUAUAGUGGGGGGGAUGGUUGGGUUUGUGACGCAUUUGAACCGGAUUGUGAUGCCUGAUCCGGGGGAUGAGGAUGAUAGUGAGGUCGAAGAGGAGGAGGAGUGA